UAUCAGCGCGCAUUUCAUGUUAAUUUUUCCGGAAAUAACUUCCUGAAUUACUAUGGUAUUUCCUAUCUGAUAUAUAAUAAUACAUUGUUUUGGCUUUUAUAAACUCAUCUGGUUGUCUGCCUCGGAACCGUGUUUAACUCGCUUGCUUUUUGGUUAUUCUACGUAAGGUUUCGAUAAGAAGAGUUUCAGAUCAUCUCGGAACGUAGGUGUUUCAUAUCUCGAAGAGCAAACCCAAUUAUGCAGUGAUUUAUUUUCAACCUUUGAACUUUUGGACAGAAUAUCGUUCGGCUUCAUUAGUUGUGGAGUGAAGAGAAAACGACGUUUUAUUUCAGACUGUGGCGUGUACCUGAGGCUAGAAAUCUUCAUGGGGUAGCUGUUUACUGAUAUAUAUACUGUAUAUAUCUUUUAAAUGAGCUUUCGUUUUGAGCUGUUUCAAGCUUGUUGAAAGUGGUUUCCCCAUUCUUUGUAUUCCCAAGUGGUAUCAAAGAACAAUUCCUCUUCGAAUAAUAGUUGUUUUGGUGCCAAAAUACCGAAUACGCUAAGUGGACUCUCGACAUAAUAUAGUUCCUUGUCCAAGAAUUGUUCGGUAUUCCAGAAUUUAAACGCGUUGCUUACAGUGUCGUUAAAACGUGGGUCAAGGCUUAAAGAAACAUAUCCGUCGUUGAGUUGAGUUAAUAUAUUGGCUUCCUUGUUUUAACCCUUCUGGCGCAUCUGUUGGCAAUGUUUUUGUCCGGAAUUUCAACAGAUGAUUUAUUUGAUGAGCAAUGUUGCCCGCAAGAUUUGCAGAGCAAAAUAGCUCGUACUUUUACGACUGGUUUCAUGUCGGAUAUCACAUUUAUAGUUGGUAAAGAUGAGAAGCAGAAAACGUACCCAGCUCAUCGAUAUAUACUUGGAAUUGGUAGUGCCGUCUUUCAUGCUAUGUUCUACGGAUCCAUGGCAGAGCAUGGACGAAAAGUUUCGAUACCAGACGCCGAUUCUGAAGCAUUUGGUGAAUUUCUGCGUUAUCUCUACACAGAAGACUGCAGUAUCACGGAGGAAAAUGUUAUGAGCAUUGUCUACUUGGCUACAAAAUACCUCGUUCCAGCCUUGAUGAAAAAAUGUGUCAGAUUUUUGAGGAAAAAAGUUACUGCUGAAAGCGCAUUUGAAGUGCUCAGUCAGGCAAUACACUUCUGUGCUGAUGGCUUGGAGACAAACUGCUGGAGGGUUAUAGACAAUCAGUGUACGCAAGCUUUAAAAUCCGAAGCGUUUUUGAAAAUCGAACAUUCAGUGCUUUGUGAGUUAUUAUCUCGUGAAACUCUAAAUGUAAAGGAAAUUGAUUUGUUCAACGCUGUCUUGAAAUGGGCACAGCAUCAGUGCGAGAGACAGGAAAUUAAAAGUAACGUCGAAAAUUGCCGAGAGGUUCUAGGGAAAGCUAUUACCUUAGUUCGUUUUCCAACCAUGGCGCUGGAGGAAUUCGCAAGUACCGUUGUACACGAAUCCAAGAUUCUUCCUCACGAGGACAUUAUCAACAUUUUCCUGUUAUUUAGUGGACAAAAACCGCACGAGGAGUCCACGAAAUUUUCGUGCAAACCACGCAAACAUUGCGCGGGAAAGUCGCGCGCUUCCCGAUUCAGCCCGCAAAAAAUAAUCCGACCCAAGCGUGCAGGCAAAGGGUGGUGUUAUGUGAACAAUACCCUAGACGCGUUAUGCUUUAGAGUUUCGCAGCCUGUUCUAAUACACGGUGUGCGAGCUUUCGGAGAUGACGAGAGAAGCGUUUACAGACUGAAAGUUAAUUUGCUUCAAGGCAAUCGGGAGUUAUCUUCGAACGCAGGCGAAUUUAAAUCCGAAGUCGAUGAGAAUGAGAUAAACCCAACAGGUUUUGAUAUAAUGUUUCCAGAACCUAUUAGACUCGAGGCCGAGGUUCUGUACACGCUGACUGGUAGUUUCAGUGGACCGCAGUCUUUCUAUGGACAGGGGGGAGAGAAAGUUGUUAUGUUAGAGGGGGUCGAGUUCAUGUUCUGCAGCAGCGAGCUGUCGAAUAAUGGAACAUCUGUUUUUCAUGGCCAGUUCCCACAGAUCAUAUUCUCAAAAGAAUAGAUACACCAGUAACAU